AUGGAUCCGCGCGUGGCCUGGAUCCAGCCGGAGCAGAAGGGGCCGGCCAAUGCCCUGUGGAUGCAGAUCUGGGAGACCUCGCAGGGCGUGGGCCGCGGCGGCGGCUCGGGCUUCGCGCCCUACUUCUGCCUCAACUCGCCGGCGCUGGACACGGCGGCAGCGGCCGCGGCGGGGACGGGGGCGGCCGGGCCGGGCGGCGGCGGCGGCGGCGGCUUGGGGGGGCCAGCGCUGCCCGCCGCGUCGCCCCCGCCGCCUCCGCCGCCGCCCGCGCCCGGCGCGGCCGCACUGCCCCCCGCGUUGCUGACGGCGCUCGGGCCCGCGGCCGAGGGCGCCCGGCGCCUGCACAAAUCGCCGUCGCUGUCGUCCUCGUCGUCCUCGUCCUCGUCCUCGUCGUCCUCGUCCAACGCCGAGUCGGGCACCGAGAGCCCCGGCUGCUCUUCCUCGUCCUCCAGCAGCGCGUCGCUCGGCCGGGCGGGCGGCGGCCGCGGCGGCGCCUUCUUCCACUUCGCGGACGGCCCCCCGAGCGCCCCCAAUGGGCACGCCGGGCCGCGCGGGCCCGCGCCCGCCGGCUCCCCGCCGCCGCAGCACCAGUUCCACCCGGGCCGCCGGAAACGCGAGAACAAGGCCAGCACGUACGGCCUCAACUACCUGCUGUCCGGCAGCCGCGCGGCCGCUCUCAGCGGAGGGGGCGGCCCCGGGCCCCAGGCGCCGCGGCCCGGCACGCCAUGGAAGAGCCGCACGUACAGCCCGGGCAUCCAGGGGCUGCAUGAGGAAAUAAUUGACUUUUAUAACUUCAUGUCCCCUUGUCCUGAAGAAGCCGCCAUGAGGAGAGAAGUGGUGAGAAGGAUCGAGACGGUGGUGAAGGACCUCUGGCCAACGGCUGACGUGCAGAUAUUCGGCAGCUUCAGCACUGGCCUCUAUCUUCCCACCAGUGACAUCGACCUAGUGGUCUUCGGGAAGUGGGAGCGCCCCCCGCUGCAGCUGCUGGAGCAGGCCCUGCGGAAGCACAAUGUGGCCGAGCCGGGCUCCAUCAAGGUCCUGGACAAGGCGACGGUACCAAUUAUAAAACUCACAGACCAGGAGACGGAAGUUAAAGUCGACAUCAGCUUUAACAUGGAGACCGGGGUGCGGGCAGCAGAGUUCAUCAAGAAUUACAUGAAGAAAUAUUCGUUGCUGCCUUACUUGAUUUUAGUACUGAAACAGUUCCUCCUGCAGAGGGACCUGAAUGAAGUUUUUACAGGCGGGAUUAGCUCGUACAGCCUCAUUUUAAUGGCCAUUAGCUUUCUGCAGCUGCAUCCGAGGAUUGACGCCCGGAGAGCGGACGAGAACCUAGGGAUGCUGCUCGUGGAAUUUUUUGAACUCUACGGAAGAAAUUUUAAUUACUUGAAAACUGGUAUUAGAAUAAAAGAAGGAGGUGCCUAUAUCGCCAAAGAGGAGAUCAUGAAAGCCAUGACCAGCGGGUACAGACCGUCGAUGCUGUGCAUUGAGGACCCCCUGCUGCCUGGGAACGACGUGGGCCGGAGCUCCUACGGGGCCAUGCAGGUGAAGCAGGUGUUCGACUAUGCCUACAUUGUCCUCAGCCAUGCUGUGUCGCCACUCGCCCGGUCCUACCCCAACAGAGACUCGGAAAGCACCUUAGGGAGGAUCAUCAAGGUGACCCAGGAGGUGAUCGACUACCGGACGUGGAUCAAGGAGAAGUGGGGCGGCAGGGUCCACACGGCGCCAGACCCCGACAACAGGAUCAAGAUCGCAGAGCGGAUGGGCGUGUGCGAGGGGGACCAGCCUCCUCGACGAGACCCUGAGUCUCCCUUCGGCCCACGCCUUACCCUGUCCCUGCCCGGCCCCCAGCUCCGGUCGUCCGGCUCGUCCGCCUCCUCCGUGUCCUCGCUCUCCGGCAGCGACAUCGAUUCGGACACACCGCCCUGUACGACACCCAGCGUGUACCAGUUCAGCCUCCAGGCGCCCACCCCUCUGCUGGCCAGCCUGCCUGCCGCCCUGCCCAUGCCGAGUGGCAAACCUCAGUCCGCCACGUCCAGGACGUUGGUCAUGACAACGAACACCCAGACCAGGUUUACUAUUCCUGCCCCGACGCUCGGCGUGGCCCCCGUGCCCUGUAGACAGGCGGGCGUCGAAGCCGCCCCGGCGCUGAAGGCCGUCCACCAUGUGUCCUCCCCGGCCAUCCCUUCUGCAUCCCCCAACCCGCUCUCCAGCCCCCACCUGUAUCACAAGCAGCACGGUGGCAUGAAGCUGUCCAUGAAGGGCUCGCACGGCCACGGCCAAGGUGGCAGCUACGGCUCAGCGGGCACGGGUGGCGCGCGGCCUCCCGUGGGCAACCGGGGCCACCACCAGUACAACCGCACCGGCUGGAGGAGGAAAAAACAUGCGCACACCAGGGACAGCCUGCCCGUCAGCCUCAGCAGGUAA